AUGUCAUCGUCUGUACCUAGAACAAAACCCUGGGAGGUAUCAUCAGGUACAUCAGUUGCCGCUGCAUCAGGUCAACCUGAAUCCAUCACCACAUCCACUGACAAUAUAACAACAACUGGACAACCAGGUAUUCCUGAUCGUCCAAACUCACUCACAAAUCCCGGGAUAAAUUCCAUGGUUGAUUCUUCUCCUUAUGGAAGUAAUUCAGCCUAUGGAAUGGGAAACUCAUAUGGAUCCAGAUACGGUUCUGGCAUGUAUGGGUCAAGUAUGUAUGGAAGUGGAUAUGGGUCCGGGAUGUAUGGAUCUAGUAUGUAUGGAAGUGGAUAUGGUUCAAGUAUGUAUGGUAUGGGAGGAGGUUAUGGAUCGAUGUAUGGAGGUGGAUAUGGUGGAGGUGGAAUGUAUGGAUCAGGAAUGUAUGGACAACAACCAGGAAUGGGCGGUGGUCCAAUGGGUCCUUUAGCUGAAGGUACUCAAGCUACUUUUCAAUUGAUUGAAAGUAUUAUUGGAGCUGUUGGUGGAUUUGCACAAAUGUUAGAAGCGACAUAUAUGGCAACUCAUUCUUCAUUUUUCACGAUGGUGAGUUUAGCUGAACAAUUUGGAAAUCUUAAGAAUGCAUUAGGGUCAUUAUUAGGUAUAUUUGCCUUGAUUAAAUUUGUUAAGAAAUUAUUAUAUAAAAUAUUGGGUAAGACAUAUAAUCAUGGUCUUAAUGUUGGAGAGUUUGCUAAAUUUGAAAAGACUCAAAAGAAAUUAGAAGAAAGCAUUAAAAAACAACAAUCUGGUACUGGAGGAAGAUCAAGAAUUUCUUUCAAACCACUUUUAUUAUUCCUUGCUGCAUCUAUUGGAUUCCCAUAUUUAUUAAGUAAAGCAAUUCAAAAAUUAAAUGAACAAAAUCAAAGAAGAUUACAACAACAACAACAUCUCAAUCCAAAUCCAAAUAGUAUAGAUCCUGCCAAUUUACAAUUUGCUAAAACUUUAUAUGAAUUCAAUCCUGAAAAUCCAAAUAUCGAAAUUGAAUUAAAACCAAAUGAAUUGGUGGCAAUCUUAUCUAAAUUAGAUCCAUUAGGUAAUGAAUCUAAAUGGUGGAAAGUCAGAUCAAGAUCAGGAAAAGUGGGAUAUGUCCCAAGUAAUUAUCUUUCUGUAAUUGAAAGAAAACCAAUAGCGAAACAAGUAGAGGCUGGUCCAGCACAAGUUUCUUCUCCACCAUUAGCACAACAACUACAAAAUGAUCCUCAAAAGCCAGUGCCAAUGGCGACUGAGAAAAUUCCUGGAGGAUUUGAAAAGCCUGAAAAAUUGCUUGAAGAAUUUAAAGGGUUUUAA